UCUAGGCGGCGACACAGAGUCCCUUUUCUCUAAAAACAACAACAUUUCACCUUUCUUUCUUUUAGUCAAAAUGCUUGAGCACGUUUGAGUGACCAUGGAGUGCGUUUGCCGCCAGGUAGUUGAGAGUUAAUACGGCGAGAAUAUUGGGAGAAGGAAACUUUUUAAGGAAUCCAAGGAGCUACAGUUGGAAACAUGGCUGUUCGCGAAGAAGGAGAGGUUUUGCACAGUAAAAUCAGGCACCACGAUGGGGUUGCCAAUGCAAACAGCACAGAGAGCUUCAGGAACGGCUAUGUGAAGAGCUGCGUCACCCCUUUAAAACAAGUCCACCAAAGGGGAUUUUUGUUUAACGUCUGUAGGUUUUGCAUUGAGGACAUUCUGAAUUCAAAAAUAUUUAGAAUUUCUGGCCUAUACCUAAGUGCAUUCGCAAUUUUUGCAGUUUCGUUGCUUAUUUCCAGGAGCUUGCAAAGUGACUUCAGCUUUUGGGAUUUGCGGACUUUUCUGUCGGGCUUCUCUCAGUCCAUCAGCCCUCUCUUUAGCAUAGGCUGUGCAUUCUUCUUUUUGACCUUUUAUUUAAAGAGAAAGAAGAGGGAAAGUAAUAAAUGUUGGCUUGUGUCACUGCCAGCAUCAUGUUACUUAGGGGAUUUUUUAGUUUUGCGGUUUUUGCAGUGGGGAGAGGACCAACACCAGAUGCAAAUGAUUGGCAGGUUGUUAUUCGUGUUGGGGUGUGUGGGUCUCCUAACACUGAUCCCCACUUUGAAACUCAAACACAGUGUUCUGAUCCUGGUGUUUGCCAGUGUUGUGUGGUUGGUGUCUUUCACCAGUCUGAGCUGUCUGCCUGCACUCCUGAGACCCGUGUUUGCGUGUUUGGCGGGUGUCUCAGGCUCGCUCUUGUCCCUCUGUUUUGACCAUUAUUACCCGUCGAGGGAAACGCCGAGUAGGAUCUCCAGCAUCGAGGAGAAAGUCCCUGUGAUCAGACCCAGGAGAAGGUCCAGUUGUGUUUCUUUGGGGGAAACGUCGACCAGCUAUUAUGGCAGCUGUAAAAUGCCUCGCAGACCUUCGUUACCGUGCAUAUCCAGAGAACAGAUGAUCCUAUGGGACUGGGACCUGAAGCAGUGGUACAAGCCCCAGUAUCAGGGAGCGGUAAGUGGUAACGGAGUGGACCUGUCGGUCAUCAACGAGGCCAGGAACAUGGUGUCUGACCUGCUGAUGGACUCGUCCCUGUCGCCACACACCGUCUCGUCCCUGCGCAGCGUCAGCAGCCUCAUGGGGACCUUCUCUGGCUCCUGUCGGCCCAGGGUCAACCCCUUCACCCCCUUCCCAGGUUUCUACCCCUGUACCGAGGUGGAGGACCCUGCAGAGAGGGGCGACAGGAAGCCCCUGAAGGGUCUUAGCAGCAGGAACAGCCUACCAACCCCCCAACUCCGCCGCGGCUCCACCUCCUCCACUCUCCCCCCUCUGGAGUCGGCCUCCUCCCGCUGGGAACGCAACAACGGCAAGAGACCGGGACCCCACCCUGACCUCAAUAUGACCAGCACGGGUUCUCUGUCCAAUGGGCCCAAUGCUAACCUGCUGACCAUCCCUAAGCAGAGGUCCUCCUCUGUGACCCUGACCUACCAUGCCGGACCCAGGAGAGCAGGUGCGUCCCCCAGUCUGAGUCCUGUCAGCUCCCCCAGCCACAGUCCUCAAGGGGGAGGUCUCUCCUCCCAGGUUACGCGCCCCCCGGUGGAGUUCCCUGACACAGCUGACUUCCUCACCAAGCCCAGUGUCAACCUGCACAAGCCCCUGGGCUACAUCCUCAGCUCCGCUGACUUCCAGGGGCCCUAUCGCAGCCCCGCUGCCCUGUGCACCAGCUGUGGUCGUCAGAUGCUGAAGAACAUGCCCAGUAUGGAGGCGGGGGAGGGACACCUGCCAUUCACUGGUCAUGCUGAGGCCCAGCGCAGACGCUCAGCAGGUGAGGGGUCAGAGUUCAUGGGGGAGGCACUGAUCAGGGAGGAGAGUGUGGAGGCCGAGUUGAUCGGGGACAGGAAUCCAGACGCAAGGAGCCGGGGCCAGACAGACGAGGAGGAGCAGAGCGCCACCACAGAGCAGCAGACUCAGGAAACAGAGGGUGAGUUCAGACUAGACCCCCUGCUGGAGAACCACGAUGACCUCAUGGAGAAGAUCAACAGCUGGAACUUCCAGAUCUUUGACCUGAUGAACAGAACAGGAGGGAAGACAGGAAGAAUACUCAGCUAUGUGACCUACACUCUGUUCCAGGACACUUGUCUGUUUGAGAUGUUUAAGAUCCCUGUGAGGGAGUUCAUGUCCUAUUUCUGUGCUCUGGAGAACGGCUAUAGGGAUAUUCCCUAUCAUAACCGGGUCCAUGCCACUGACGUGCUCCAUGCUGUCUGGUACCUGACUACCCGGCCUGUUCCAGGGUUCCAGCAGAUCCACAAUGAGCAUGUGACAGGAAGUGACACAGAUUCAGACAGUGGGAUCUCGCCGGGCCGGGUAUCAUACGCCUCCUCCAAGAGCUCGUCCAUCUCUGACGACAACUACGGCUGCCUGGCGUGGAACAUCCCUGCUCUGGAACUCAUGGCACUAUAUGUAGCAGCUGCCAUGCAUGACUAUGACCACCCCGGUCGCACAAACGCCUUCCUCGUAGCCACUAACGCAGCUCAGGCGGUGUUGUAUAAUGACCGUUCGGUCCUUGAGAACCACCACGCUGCUUCGGCCUGGAGCCUCUACCUGUCCCAGCCAGAGUUCAACUUCCUGGCCAACCUGGACCACGUGGAGUUCAAACGUUUUCGCUUCCUGGUCAUCGAGGCCAUCCUCGCCACAGACCUGAAGAAGCACUUUGACUUCCUCGCCGAGUUCAAUUCAAAGGUGAAUGAUGUGAACAGUCCAGGAAUCGACUGGACUAAUGAGAAUGACCGGCUGCUGGUGUGCCAAGUCUGCAUUAAGCUGGCAGACAUCAAUGGGCCGGCCAAAGGACGCGAUCUGCACCUCAAGUGGACAGAAGGCAUUGUCAAUGAGUUUUAUGAGCAGGGGGAUGAGGAAGCCACUUUGGGAUUACCCAUCAGCCCUUUCAUGGACCGCUCCUCUCCCCAGCUGGCCAAGCUGCAGGAGUCCUUCAUCACACACAUCGUGGGGCCGCUCUGCAACUCGUAUGACGCCGCUGGCCUGCUCCCUGGCUACUGGAUCGACGAGGAGCGCUCUGAGGAUGAGGAAGAGCAGUUGGAGGACACAGAGACUGACGAAGACGAGCUGGAGGAGGAGCUCGAACCAAAAAGGAGAAACGGCCGGCGUCGGCUGUUCUGCAACAUCAUGCAGCACCUGACAGAGAACCACAAGGUGUGGAAGAAGACCAUCGAGGAGGAGGAGAAGAGCAAGGAGAAGCAGCAGGCCGACAGCCUGCCUCUCAGCCUGUCCCCUUCGCCCUCCGACGACCAGAUCCAGGUCAUUCAGGAGGAGGAGGAAGGGGAGGAGCGCCAGUAGCAUGAUGAAGAAGAGGAAGAGGAGGGACAGAGCCAGGAUGCUCGGGAAGGGCGGAACAGUGAAGGCGAAAGUCCUUCAACUCCUCCCUUUUACACGCUCUCACACACACACACACAAAAAAAUAUUUAUACACAACACAUACGUGCACACACGUACUAUAGACAUAUACACAAACACAUACACACACAGGAUGACCCUGCUGGAUCUCCACACGUUGAAAUUGUCACUGUGCCGACACGCUAAUGCAGUCAUGUUGUUUUGAAAAAAGGCCUUACUACUGUGAGGGGAUUCUUCCUGCAAUGGUGGGAACCCCACUCCUAUGCACUUUCACCCCAUGGAGAGUAGACCAAGAACAAACACCAGAGCUGAGGACACUGGUGUGGAGAGGAAGAGAGGAAAAGGGUCUGGAUGCGCCCUCCAUGGUGAUCUGGCUGUAAUGCUGCCUUGAACGCAGAGCACUUAACUCUCCCUUAGGUACUAAAACAAAUCCUAUGAUUUCAAAUAAAGUAAAAGAAAAAACACCUUGACGUGGUUGACAUCCGUUACCAAAGCGAACAGUUCAAACGUGGAAAGACAAGAGACUGAGACUGUUUCAGGCUCACUGUCAGGAAUAUUCUAAAUUUAUAUAUCAAAUGUGCCUGUCUGAACCUUUACUGAGUCCCCUGGUCCAGACCCUAUGUUGGUCUGUGCAGUCCUCUCCCCUUGCUGGCGACACCAAACACUGUAUCACUGACUCAGUCACAGAGACGUUGUGGAGAUGUUGACUGAAAAUGAGCAUUAUACCUGCAUCGUUUUUGAUGCCUUUUAUUCAUGUGUACCACCGCCCUGUUAUGUUUCCUUCUUCUUUUUAUUGGUUUCCUGUGUGGCUCAGUCGGUAGAGCAUGGCGCUUGCAACGCCAAGCGUCGUGGGUUCGAUUCCCGCUGGGACCACCCAUAUGUAAAAAAGUAGUGGCCCCAGCCGACUUGUAAGUCGCUUUGGACAAAAGCGUCUGCUAAAUGGGAUAUAUUAUUAUAUUAUAUUAUUUAGUUGGUGUGAGCGUGUGUAUGUGUGUGUGUUUUCUUCAGGAACGCUUGGUCGCAAGUCAUUGAAAUGUUGUCGGAGAUGAGAUGUUCUCUGUUGUUCCAAUGGAGUGCUGUUCCAAUGAAGGGAUGUUUUUUUUUCUUUUGAUUAUAUCUAUUCUUUCACGGUUACUCAGGAUUCUCGUGAAGUUGAAUCAUUAUUUUGCAAGAAUUUAAGUAAUUGACUUUAAAACAAAAUCUCGGUGAUUGAAAUAGUUUUUAAGCUUUGUAUGAACAACUUGAAAAACAAACACAUUCAAGCAAUUGAACUGCUCCUCUGUGAUAGAGCAAAGUGUUUCUGUCAACCUCCGCUGCCCCGCUGGCAGCUUGAUCUUCUAAAGACCUCACUGUAGAAUUGGGAUCCUUGAUUGUCAGUUGACUGUAAAAGACCUGUUUGCAGCAAGGCAACAUUUUGUACAGUAAAAUCCCAUGAUUAUUCAUGUACCAGUAUAGGUAAAGGUGUUUUUGAGUGCAUUGCUGUUGGCAUUGUUUUUACACAUACUCUGUCUAGAUAACCUCUUCAUUUAAUUUCAGUCAUUCUACAGAAAAUGAUGUUUUGACAAAAACUAUAGAUCUUUGCCAAACCCACAACCAGGCCAGGACUUAAGUAAUCCAGGGUUUCACCUUUGUUUUGGUUUUAUAGUGUCUUAUUCUCUGUACCAUAAGAUGGUUUAAUACUAAUAGUUCUAUAUUUCUGUCUGUAAAAACUCUAGGCAUUCCACUAGAAAAGAGUUUAAUGAAAGAGAUGGCAGACCUGCAAGCCGAACUCACUUAUCACCCUAUCAAGUCAUUUUCUCUGGAGAAGGAAGUUCUCAAAUAGGCAGUGUAAUUCAAGCUAGUAUAUUUAAAGACAAAAAUAUAUAUAAAUGUCCACAUUUUACUACCAAACAAGUGUUUAGCCUCUGCACAAAAAAAUAUCUGCAUAUAAAUAGAGUGUAUAAAUAUAUUAUAUUUUUUAAUUAAUCAACAGAAUGCAUCUGUUUUCUACACACAGCUGACAUAUUGUACAGUGAGACCCUGGUAUUCUCAUCCUGUUUCCAGAGUUUUUAUCUGAUACUACAGAUGUUGAACUGUGGGGUUUGGUGUUUUUCUUUUGGGUUCAGCAUCUCCCUGCUCCUUAUCAUAACCACUUUCUCUCUCAACUCUUGUGUUGUCUACUCAGUCCACCCAUCCACCCAACCAGUGCCAAACUGUCCCUGCUCACUGCCCAACCUCUGGGCCCUCAUACACUGGGCUUGCUAUGGUUGGACCCAGAGGUCUCUGAGCUUCAUGUCCCACAGCAGGCUCAAAGUGAUGCUGGUGAAGCCCAGCCCAGGUGUUGUGGAGGAGAGCUCACGACUCCUAACCGUGGCCCUUCAGUCCGUUCGGGUUGAGCGACACUGCAUCUCUUAAGUUCUGAUGGUGAAUUGUGAUGCCUCUGCCACCUCCCCCCACAUUUUAUGGCUCAUUAUGUUGUAAAAGUUUGUUUGUUGGCUUGUCACUGUGCAGUCUCACGAACCACAGUGUCCUCUAAUGUUCUUGUCAUAAAAGUUUCUAUGAAUGGCUGUUACCCUUAUGUAGCAUUGAGAUAUUGUAUGUCUGUUGUAACUGUUCAACCAUAUCAAAAUUGUGGGGGAAAUUAUUUUUGUUAUUUAUAGCUGUCAUAAAACACCAUCCCUAAAAUAA